AUGAUUGAUGUUAUAUAUUCACUUGUCGAUAUUACUCAACGAUUUAAUCAAUUAGUAUUCGAUCCAUUUUAUAUUCGUAAUCUUAAUAUGACUUCUAUGACGAUGAAAUCAUUUUAUGAUCGUAUCUACUCAAUAGAUAAUCAAGUUCUUUCAAGAAUUUGUGAAAAUAUUUUACCUCGAAUAUCUCAUCAAAUAAAUGAACUCAUUGUCGAACAAUAUUCAAUGGAACGUGUUCUUCACACUAUCAAUUAUCCUCAACUUUACUCAUUAACACUUAUGGAUUUUUCAGAAGAAGUUCUUUUCAAUAACUUAACAAAUAAUACAAUUGUUCGAAAACUUCUCAAUGAACAAAUAACAUGUCUUACAAUUGAUGUUAAAGAUAAGCCAAGAGAACCAUCUUCUGAAACACUUUAUGUUAUAUUUACUUUGAUAUUAUCUUUAUGUAAACAAUUAAACAAAUUAAGUUUUUGUCAAUUCGAUAAUCGAUCAACAUUCCGUACCUUUGACUCAUCAUCAACAAAUUUCAAAUCUUCAACAUUAACUGAAUUGAAAAUUAAUGUGGAAACUUUCGAUGAUUGUCUUUAUCUACUUGAUGGACGUUUCAAUUGUUUAUCAAGAUUGAUUAUAAAUAUAGAAAUAAUUUCAUCUACAUCAGGAACUAUCGAUAAUAAAAAAAAGCUUCCCGAAUUAAAACAUUUUUCGUUAACAUCAUAUCCACACACAUAUUUAUAUGAUAAUUUAAUUAUUCCAUUACUUCGACGAAUGAUAAAUCUCGAAGAAUUGAUAUUAGAUCUGUCAAUAAUAAGAAGUAAUAAGAAUUACAUUGAUGGUAUUCAAUUAUAUGAUGAUAUUCUUAUUUAUAUGCCACGAUUAAACAAAUUCGCUUUCAAUAUAUACACAAAUGUAGAUAAGAAGAAUGUUGGAAUUCUUUUUUCGUCAAAUGAAGAUAUUCAACGUAGUUUUAGAAGAAAAGAAUAUGGAUCAGCUGCUUCAUAUAUUGAAAUUUUCACAAGAGAAAAUCAACAUAAAUGUCAUAGCUAUUCAUUACCAUAUGAAUUCAAAAGUGGAAUAUUUGUUAAUGUUCAAUUCCUGAUGGAUAUCAUCAAUAAAGAACCACAGAGAGCCAAGCAAAAAUCAUUAUCAUUGAUCAAAUUUUCUUAUCUUAUUUAUCUUGAUCUUCAAGGUGCUCAUGCAGAUUAUGCUGAACAAUUUCUCAUCGAUAAAUAUUGUCAUUUACCUUGUUUGUUAAACCUUAAUAUCGACUAUGAAUCACUCGUUCUGGCCACAAACAAUUUUACUAAUGAUGCUACACGUCUCACUUGUAGCAAAUUGACCAGUCUUCGUAUAAAUGAACCGUUUGUACCUCCAAAAAUUUUUUAUCAAUAUUUUCCUUUAUUAUAA